AUGGCCAACUCCUCCAACUCAAACACCAUUCUAAUGGUGUUAGAUGUAGAAGCUGCAGAGAGCUGCAAGAUUAAGGCUCUGAGGGCCAAGACCAACACCUACAUCAAGACGCCGGUGCGAGGCGAGGAGCCAGUGUUCAUGGUGACCGGGCGGCGGGAGGACGUGGCCACAGCCCGACGCGAAAUCAUCUCAGCAGCUGAGCACUUCUCCAUGAUCCGGGCCUCCCGCAACAAGUCGGGCGCCGCCUUUGGCGUGGCGCCUGCUCUGCCCGGCCAAGUGACUAUUCGUGUGCGGGUGCCCUACCGCGUGGUGGGGCUGGUGGUGGGCCCCAAGGGGGCAACCAUCAAACGCAUCCAACAGCAGACCAACACGUACAUUAUCACGCCAAGCCGGGACCGAGACCCGGUGUUCGAGAUCACCGGUGCCCCGGGCAACGUGGAGCGUGCGCGCGAGGAGAUCGAGACGCACAUCGCGGUCCGCACAGGCAAGAUCCUCGAGUACAACAAUGAAAACGACUUCCUGGCUGGGAGCCCCGACGCCGCGCUUGAUAGCCGCUACUCCGAGGCCUGGCGGGUGCACCCGCCUGGCUGCAAGCCCCUCUCCACCUUCAGGCAGAACAGUCUGGGCUGCAUCGGCGAGUGUGGAGUGGACUCUGGUUUUGAGGCCCCGCGCCUGGGCGAGCAGGGAGGAGACUUUGGCUAUGGCGGGUACCUGUUUCCCGGCUACGGCGUGGGCAAGCAGGACGUGUACUACGGGGUGGCGGAGACUAGCCCCCCUCUCUGGGCGGGCCAGGAGAACGCCACGCCCACCUCGGUGCUCUUCUCUUCCGCCUCUUCCUCCUCCUCCUCUUCCGCCAAGGCCCGCGCUGGGCCCCCGGGCGCGCACCGCUCUCCUGCCGCCUCUGCAGGGCCUGAGCUGGCAGGACUCCCGAGACGCCCGCCGGGAGAGCCGCUCCAGGGCUUCUCUAAACUUGGUGGGGGCGGCCUGCGGAGCCCCGGCGGCGGGCGGGAUUGCAUGGUGUGCUUCGAGAGUGAGGUGACUGCCGCACUCGUGCCCUGCGGACACAACCUGUUCUGCAUGGAGUGUGCAGUACGCAUCUGCGAGAGGACGGACCCGGAGUGUCCCGUCUGCCACAUCACAGCCACGCAAGCCAUCCGAAUAUUUUCCUAAGCCCCCUGCCCCUUGCCUCCUGGGGCCACCUCCCAGGGGCCCUUCUUGGAGCUGUGUUCCAUUAGGGCAUUUUGGAAAUCAGUGAUUUGAGGGGCAAGGUGCUUACAGAUACUCGCUCUCUGGGGAGGGGGGAGGGGAGGCGAUGGUGGCUGGAGGGUGGACCACUUUCAGAGCCUCUGGUCACCCUGUCCUGGAAAGGUUGGGAGAGGGCCAGGCCGGAAAUUUUACUAGAGUUACAACUCUGAUACCUCAACACACCCUUCAGUCUGGAAGCAGCUAAGAGAAACUUUUGUUUUGCCAGAGGUGGCCACUAAGGUAUCCUGACCCCCUCUCCACCUACCCUUAUGUGUGUCACACUACCCUUUCCUCUGUGGAGGGGAUGGGGAAAGGGAGAGGGAGAAUUACCAUCUGUAUCUAGAGGUGCUCUAACAAUCCCCAAGCCCUCUGGUCCUGACCUCUGACCUCCAACCACGACCCUUUAGACCCUCCACCGCCAUAUCCUGUUUGGGAAUCUGUUCCUGGGUUUCCAGCAGUAUAAGGGGGUUGGGGCCCUUUCGGAAGUCAGGAUAGAUUUUCUAAGGGGGAAGGGGAGAAAGUAUGUCAACCAAUAAAGGGUUCAGAACUCAUCUAUCCCCACAAAGCUGGGCUAGAGGAAUCUGGAGAGGGGGUGCUCCUCUCUGCCCCUUGCAGCUUUUCCCUCCACUCUCUCCUCCCCAUCUUUCUUCCCUUUGGGUUUUCCUCACUCCUUUGUUCUCUCCCCCAACUCUCCUCUUUGCUUCCCCUUGCUGGCUGUCGCAACCAGCCCUGUCUUGCUCUUUCUCUUUCUUCCCUUCCCCCUCCCUCCUGCUCCUUCCAGCCCAGCUUUGGGGACACCAUCCCCCUGGGGAGAAGUAGGGGGAAGAACAAUUUGAUGGUCCCCCCUAAUUCCUCUUCUGGCAUCCGGAGGCCCUCUCUCCUACUCCUCCAAAGAAACACCUCAAAUUCUUGAUGGAAUGUAUCCCUGUUCUCAGUGAAAAUGUGAGGAGGGGACCAAUACUGGGUUACAUAAAGGGUCAAACCUCCACCUUUAUCAUCUUGGGGCAUUACAUUUAAGGAACAGUUCUUGGGCUGGAUUUUCUGGUGGUGGGAGGGGGAGAGCCAGGGUAGUGUGUCUGCAGUUUUGAGCAGGAAAGGGCCUGAGGCCAUAGGAGAGGCUGCUGGGGGGAGGGGCUGCUCCUCCUCCCCUGCAGUGCCCCACUCCAUGCGCCCCUCUCUGGACCUGACCUGAACCCUUAUUAGCACGCUAAUCAUGAAGUCUCUGUCUCACUCAUUGUGGUUGAGGAGAGAGACCAGGUCUUCAGACAGGGGUCAAUCCAGAGCCAAGCAGGAUUGGGGUACAGCAGGGCCUGUUCUGAGAAUCAUGUAUGAUUUUAAGCCUUGCACCCCCUUUGCUGCUUCCCUACUGCUCAUCUGGGGCAGCCACCCGCCUCCCGCCCUCCUGGGUUCCGCUGGCCGGGCCAGGAGAGGAUGGGGGAUGGGAGUCCCACGGGGGUCCUAGGAGAUUCUUGUAUAUAGUAGGGUGGGACUCUUCUAAGUGAUCUCUGAGCACUUAAACUCCGGAGUCCCAUUCUUCCUGGAUGGAGAGGGGGUACAGGGAUGGGGGUACAGAGGGGAUUUCCUCCUCUCCUUCCUCCUGUUGUGAAUUAACUCACCUCUCCUCAGCCUUCCCCUCCAGACCACCAGCCAGGGAGGGGAGCGGAAGGAGGUCACAGCCAGGAACACUGGCCUGUGACAACUUCCCUCCUUCCCGCCAAUGUGAGCCAUCCUGAGAUGUCUGUACAAUAGAAACCAAACCAAAUGGGCACCCCUCGGUCGCCGAGGGGGGGUGGGGAGGGGGGUGGGAAGAUGGGAUGUCUGUCUGUCGAUCCCCCUCCCCCUCUCCACUCUACCCACAAAGGCAGAAGACUGUUACACUAGGGGGCUCGGAAAAUUCAAUCCCACUCUUACUAAUUGAGCCAAACCUAGAAACAAACGCAAAACACAUAGUGAGAGACAAGAUAGAGGAGAGAAAGAGAGCGUGAGAGGGAGCGAGAUAGGUGACCAACACAGAG